CUCUCCUCGAGCACCAGCCUCCAUUUCCCUGCUCUCUCUCUAUCUUUCUCUCGAGUCCCUCGAAACUUUCUUCGAUUCCAUCGAUUUUUUCAGAUCACAGAUCUAUCGCACAAAUGGCGAAAGAACCACUCCGUGUUCUCGUCACCGGCGCCGCAGGGCAAAUUGGAUACGCUCUUGUUCCUAUGAUUGCUAGGGGAGUUAUGUUGGGCCCUGACCAGCCUGUUAUUCUCCUCAUGCUGGAUAUUCCACCUGCUGCUGAGGCACUAAAUGGAGUUAAAAUGGAAUUGGUUGAUGCAGCAUUUCCUCUUCUGAAAGGUGUUGUUGCUACAACUGAUGCUGUUGAAGCUUGCACUGGUGUCAAUGUUGCUGUAAUGGUGGGUGGAUUCCCAAGGAAAGAGGGCAUGGAGAGGAAAGAUGUGAUGUCCAAGAAUGUCUCCAUCUACAAGUCCCAAGCUUCUGCUCUUGAGAAGCAUGCUGCUGCUAAUUGCAAGGUUUUGGUUGUUGCUAAUCCGGCCAACACCAAUGCAUUGAUUUUGAAAGAAUUUGCUCCAUCUAUCCCAGAGAAGAACAUUACUUGUCUGACUAGAUUGGACCAUAACAGGGCACUUGGACAGAUUUCAGAGAGAUUGAAUGUUCAAGUAUCUGAUGUUAAAAACGUCAUUAUUUGGGGAAAUCACUCCUCAACACAGUAUCCUGAUGUCAACCAUGCCACUGUCAAAACUCCAGCUGGAGAGAAGCCUGUUCGUCAGCUUGUUGCUAAUGAUGAAUGGUUGAAUGGGGAAUUCAUAACUACCGUCCAACAGCGUGGUGCUGCUAUUAUCAAAGCCAGAAAGCUUUCUAGUGCACUUUCUGCUGCUAGUUCUGCUUGUGAUCAUAUUCGUGAUUGGGUCCUUGGAACUCCAGAGGGUACUUGGGUUUCUAUGGGUGUAUACUCCGAUGGCUCAUACAAUGUUCCAGCUGGACUAGUUUAUUCCUUCCCUGUCACUUGCAAAAAUGGAGAAUGGUCUAUUGUUCAAGGACUUUCUAUCGAUGAGUUUUCACGGAAGAAGUUGGAUUUGACGGCUCAAGAGCUGAGUGAGGAGAAAGCUCUGGCAUAUUCUUGCCUAUCUUAAUUUCCUUUCUCUUGGCGAAAGCAAAAACGUUUUCCUUCCUCUGGCAGCAGAAGUAGGCUACAGUUUUGAAUAAUGCUAUUUCUUGCUCAGUGGAAGCCUGCUUCUAUGAAUCGUUGGGUUGAACUUUGUUGUUUAUGAGGACAUUUUUCAAUUUAAUAGACUUUACGAUCAUGGGGGACAAAUAUCUUUUCAUUUUGAUAUUGGGAUAUUGGCUGAGAAAUGGCGUUUGAUGCCUUGAUAAUAACCUUAAUUUUGAUUUCUCAGGUUUAAUCUUCUUACUA